AUGGCGCAUCCUCUCCUUGAAGAUGUGCUGAAGGAGCCCCGACUUAUGGCGCCUCCAAAUAAGCCGAAUCUGAUCUUGCUUCCACCCGCAGACGCCGUUCCACCACCCCCUCGAGCCUAUGAAUUUUUAGCGAGCCAUGUCGUUCCCCUCACAACCAAUGACGUACAUCCACGACCAUCGCUCUCAACAUCCUUGUCUCGCAUAACGUCACCGCGAUCCAAUCGUAGCGUUAGUUUUUCCUGGGACCGUUCUUCUCAGAACAAGAACGAUUUAAAAACAGUCAACGGCAAAGUUGUAUCUGUUAUUCGCAACAUCCACAACGAUGCUAUUCUUUACGAUCAAUACGACUUUGUUUCGAAUGUCUUAUUGUACCUUGGUCCGCAUUCUAGUGUUACACCAUGUGGCACAUCAACCUCUACUAAUAUCAUUGCCGUUCGUCGUAGUAGCAGUAUAAACAGCAUAAGCAGCAUAAGCAGCAUUAGCGGAAAAUUCAACAACAACAACAACAACAACAGUAAUGCCGUCGUCACCAACAUUAACAAUGACAAGAAUAGUAGAAAAGGAGUACAAGCCGGAGGUGGAGGAACUCUAGGAGAUGUAGGCAGCAGCAGUAGCAGAGGAGGGGAAGGAAAAGUAGAUGACGUACAAGAUUCGUUAUUGCGCUUAUUUGACAAGGAGGCUCUUGCUACGUCAAUAAGACAAUUUUGUGACGCUACAUUGGCGGAUGAUAACAUUGCAUCUAUCCAUAAUCGUAUGAAAGAAGUCUUGGCCAACUCAUUUGCCAUGUUGUUGGACGUCAAUCAUAAGGGUUUUAAUAUGGAUGAGGAUGAGAUCUAUUACUGGCUUGAGAGUUAUAUUCAGGAAGAGACCUACGACGUGGUGUUUUACAGAGUCACACAGUUGCUACUGCCGAUGGACAUGGAAGUGUCGCGUGUACUUGAGUCCAUGAUUCAUCUAGACUUUGCUCAAGUUGGCCUCAAGGCUACCGAAUGCCAGCGUGUGAAAAAGGCAGUUGACGUGCUGCAUCAGAUCGGCUCGGUACGAACGCCGGCCGACAAACUUGCAUGCUUGAUGUUGACUAUCACUGUUUUAUCUGACGACGAAGUUGAUACGGAUUCCCUCAUGUCAUUACUUGUUCUCACGCUAAUUCGCAGCCGAGUACCUCAAUUGGUCGCGAGUAUUACUUAUAUGAAGGAGUUUACAUUUCAAAAGGAUCUCGCUCUAGGUCAACAUGGUUUUGCAUUGAGCACUUUAGAAGCAGCACUACAAUAUAUAUUAGAAUCAAGAGCCCAGCUAUCCACUAUAUCCGAACGAAACGACUCAUUCUGGACCUGCCUCCGUGAGGGUGCUGUUCACAACAUCACCCGGGAAGAUCUUUUUGAGCUUGCACAGCAAGUCCGUGAUCGUGAUGGCAACAAUGCGUUGUUAAUUGCCGCAGCUGCAGGCCAACCGAAAAGCGUGACGUACCUUUUAGAGUAUGUCGGUCCAAGCACCAGGAAUGAUAUGAACGAUGCUGGUGAAACACCAUUGAUGUUGGCUGUAAAGUCAAAGUCGGUGGAUACUGUCCGGAUACUGCUUGACAAGGACCCAUUCACACGGACAAAGGCCAUCAACAGCAGAAAUAGAGAGGGAGAUUCACCUUUGCUUUUGGCAUGUGGUUUAAAGGAAGACAACAGGGAUAGCAGUAGCACUAUUAGCCUUAAAAUGGUGGACCUUUUAUUACCGAUAACCCAACAACAGCAGCAGGGUUGGGACACGAAUCGUCUGGGCCAGGGCCCGCUCCAUAUAGCAGCCAUCACCUCCGACAAACGUCCGACACUUUUACAUUUGAUGAACAAUAUACCUCAUUUCUCUAUGCUGCAAUUGCAAAACAAGCAAGGAGAGACGUUUAUGCAUAUUUGUGACGAUCCUCAGGCACUCGAGACUUACUUAUCACUUAAGAAACACAACAACAACGAUGGUUUAUUAUUAUCACUACUGGAUAUACGGGAUAUUCAAGGUCGUACACCGCUCUUGGCCUGGGCUGCCAAGGGACAUAUUCACAUGCUUGAUGCAUAUAUUCAGUAUAUCGCCACCCAACAGCAACAACAUUGGAAGCACCGACUCUAUACUAGCGAUGCGAAUGGAAGAACGUGUCUUCAUCUGUUAGCCUUACAUAUUGGUUCAAGAAGAACAAGAAGAUCGAGUAGCAUCAACAAUGAUCAGAAUACUACUUUUAACGAGAGCAACAACAACUACCACAAUUACGACAGCAGUAGUUUUGUCUCAAAGUCCAUACUUGUUGCACUUCGGGACCUGGUUAAUGUCCGGGAUUCGCUGGAUGGCAACACACCACUCCAUUUAGCUGUGAUGGGUUCGACAAGCAACAACAAGCAGCGAUCGACAAAGACAGCAUUCAUACAAAGCUUAGUUCUCAAUGCGGGCGCAAAGAUCGAUUCCCUCAAUUUCCGAGGGGCUAGACCGGGUCACGCGUGCCGAGAUGCGUCCACCUUGGCACUUUUGGAUGACCUCGCACUUCAGGUUAAAAUAGGUGUAGAGGGGUGUGAUUAUCGAUGGGCUGUCACACGCGCCAGCACCAUAGAUAGUAAAGAAAUCUAUUACAUUAUUCAAAGUCGUCAUAAUUCUACAUCGUCAGAAACACCAUCAGUAUCGUCGUCAAGAACUGUAAAACGACGGUUAGACGAUUUCAGGCUGCUCCGGAAAGACAUUCUGCAUGAAUUCCCCGAAUCCUUCGUGCCUACGCUUCGCCAUCUCUUUGACCCAGGGCAUCUUGUGUCCGUCGUCGUACAGCCACCCCCAAUGCAUGUUUUGGAAGAAGCAGUGGGUCGACUCGAUCGAUUCAUGGAUUGCCUUUACCAACAUUCAGUGUUGCGCAAUCAUGACUUGGUGAAGACAUUUGUCCAGACACCUGAGCUUAAGAGAGACGUCAUUCUUAAUGCGUCGUUGGCCCGAAGGCACCUGAUGAUUGAGAAAAUAUGCGACUCGUAUCCAUCGGAAACCGAUCUUGGCGGAAGCGACGACAAAGAAUACUUUUUCACGUUUGCACAGACCACGAUUGAACCAUUACGAGAUAGUUUGUUGAGUGCUGUGCGCGCAGGUCGACGUGUGACAAGGUGCCGUGAAGUACUGGAACAAAUGAUGCAGGAUGUGGCUCAGAGAUUGCAAGAAACAACGACAAUAACAAAAACGACGACUACGAUGGCGAUCAGAGUCUGUGCAAGGACAACAUGUGAUACAGCGUACAGUUCGGUCUCCAUGUGGGAAGGGUUGGUUCAAGCACUUCAAACAAUGCAUGAUGUAACUGACGGGAUCUUGACUGCACUGCAGGGACCCCUCUACCUCCUUACGCAACGCCAGGAACUCCGCGCCAGUUUGGAACAACAGCGUGAAAGCUUACGACGUGCCAAGUCGUGGAAUGAAGUCUUUUCAACACAAGAUCAACGUCGUAACAUCGAGCAGGGAAAAACCCAGGUAGUCCAGACGCUCCAAAAACUCGCGCGAACGGGCAGCCAAAUUGUCCAAUCACAUCAAAUGAUUAGCGACGAAAUGGCCCAUUUCCAACGUGUACACCCCGACCAGUUGAAUCUGACGAUUCGGACGAUGGCCAAGGCACAGCUGGCAAAGGAACGGAUAAAGCUGGUAUGGCUUGAGCAGACGAGAACGGAUUUGUUUAUGGGAUCGUAUUCUGAAGAAUAA